AUGAUAAUCGUUAAGGCCAUGGGAUUAAAGCGGAAUGAAAGAAAAAUAUCUUUAAAUUUGUUCACAUCUCAAAGAGCACAAGAUCUGCAAUCGCUUAAACUUUCUCAACAGCUACAGUCUCAUGCUCUUAUUAUGCUACGAAAUAAAAUUCUGACUGCUGCUGUUUGCAACACUAAUUACUUUACAUUCCCGCUCUUUGUUUAUGGGCAUGCAAUUAAAUUCACAUAA